AUGAGUGAAGGGGCUGCCUGCGCCUCCCCACCUGGUGCUGCUGCUGCUGAGGAGGGGGCGGCGGCGGCGGCUGGGGGCCCGGACGGGGAUGGGGCUCCCGACCCCCCCAGGGAGCUGCGAUGUAGUGACUGCAUCGUCUGGAACCGGCAGCAGACGUGGCUGUGUGUGGUGCCUCUUUUCAUCGGCUUCAUCGGCUUGGGGCUCAGUCUCAUGCUGCUCAAGUGGAUCGUGGUGGGCUCCGUCAAGGAUUAUGUCCCCACCGAGCUGAUGGAUUCCAAAGGGAUUGGGCAGGACCCCUUCUUCCUCUCCAAGCCCACCACCCCGCCGAAGAGCAUGGAGACCACCACCACCACCACGUCAAGGACACCCAACCGGAUAAGCACCCGCUUAACCACCAUGACCCGGGCACCCACCCGCUUCCCGGGGACCCGGGUCCCCAUCCGGGCGAGCCCCAGAUCUACCACUGUGCGCCAUACAGCUGCCCCCCCUACCAGUCUCUCCACCACGGUCCCCUUCAGCACCACCAUCCUGACCUCCCGUCCGCUGCCCGGGACCCCCAGUACCCAGCCAAUGCCCAUCUGGCCCACUGCGGCAUACGCUACCUCCUCCUAUAAGAUCUAUGUCCACGACUCUGCUCCAUCCUGGACCUUAUCUCCCUUCCAGGAGUCCACCACCACCACACCAGAAACUAGCACUAGCCCCAAAUUCCAUACCACAACGUAUUCCACUGAGCGAUCUGAGCACUUUAAGCCAUGCAAAGACAAGGAUCUUGCAUACUGUCUCAAUGAUGGGGAAUGCUUUGUGAUUGAAACCUUAACAGGAUCACACAAACACUGCCGGUGCAAAGAGGGCUACCAAGGAGUCCGCUGUGACCAAUUUUUGCCGAAAACCGACUCAAUCUUGUCAGAUCCAAACCACUUAGGAAUUGAAUUCAUGGAGAGCGAAGAGGUGUACCAACGCCAGGUGCUGUCUAUUUCCUGUAUCGUCUUUGGCAUAGUCAUAGUGGGCAUGCUCUGUGCUGCGUUCUACUUCAAAACAAAGAAACAAACUAAACAAAUUCAGGAACAGCUGAAAGAGACAGAAAAUGGGAAAACCUAUAGCCUUAAUGCUUCCAGCAUGAUGGCAAAAUCAGAAACCAUGGCACAAAGCCGAGUCCAGCUGCAAAAUUAUUCAAAGACAGACAGGCAUCCUGGGCCUGUGAUGGGAAAAGUUAUGGAGUCCAGUUUUUCAGGCACUCAAUCUUUCCCUGAAGCCUUGUCUCCUGACAGAGGAAGCCAGCCUAUCAAGCAACAUAGCAGAAGUCUCUCUUCAUGCUGCAGCCCAGGACAAAGAAGUGGAAUGCUACACAAGAAUGCCUUUCGGAAGACUCCACCCUUACCUCGGGGUAGGUUCAAUGGAAUUACAGGACCAGCAUAUCAACAACUAGAAGAGUCAAGGAUCACAGAUCAGGACACAAUACCUUGUCAAGGGUAUUCAUCCACUGGUUUAAAAACUCCUCAGAAUACUUCAAUAAAUAUGCAACUGCCUUCACGAGAGACCACCCCCUAUUUUAAUAAUGUGGAUCAGAAGGACUUGGUUGGAUAUUCCGCAUCAAGGGCCAACUCAGUUCCCAUCAUCCCGUCGGUGGGCUUGGAUGAAGCCUGCAUGCAAAUGCAAAAUGUUUCUGAAGUAACAGGCAUCAAAUGGUGCAAAAACUCAUAUUCAGCUGAACUUGUCAAUGUCAGUGUCCCAGUCAGCAAUUGUCUUAUAGCAGAACAACAGGAAGUGAAAAUAUUGCUAGAAACUGUCCAGGAACAGAUUCGAAUUCUGACUGAUGCAAGGAGGUCAGAGGACUAUGAGCUGGCAAGCACAGAAUCAGAGAACAGUGCAAGUGAAAACACAGCGUUUCUGCCCAUGAGUCCCAUGGCAAAAUCGGAACGAGAGGCAAAAUUUAUCUUAAAAAGCGAAACACACAGAGACUCGGCAUUGACCAAGUGA